AUGUCUCGUCCGACAGAGAACAAUGAAGGGAUGUCCAUUCCUCGAUUCGGAGGGUGGGAUGAGAAAGGAGCCACCAGUUAUUCAAUGGUGUUCUCUCGAGCUCGUGACAAAAGGAAGCAAUGUAAGAGUGAUGUUAUGUGUAGCCUCGCCAACGACCACGACUUCGUUGUAGCUUCAUCGCCUCGAAAACACGAACCCAACUCUGUCCAAGACCCCGAAGUUCCCGUUACGACGUCGAUCAAGGCCUUGUAUGGCCAUCUUCGAAUCCACCGUCAGGAUAGGUCGAAAACUGAAAUUCUCCACAUCAACAGUCCGAAACGUGAAAGAAAACGCUCUCUCGAAGAGGAUGAAGAUGAUGGUUUCGCUUGUUUCGUUUGCGACGAAAGUUUCUCGUCGAUGCAGUUGCUGUGGCGGCAUAUGAGAAUCCAUCGUGGUACCGUUUCCAACAGUGUUCAGCAAAGACCUGCAGCGUCUCAAGAAAACAAUAACAAUUCUUUGAGGGAAGCUGAGACCACUCUCAAACUAGGGAUUGAGAGCAAGGUCUCUCCAAGUAAUGACAACAACAUAGAUUUGCUGAAAGACAAUCCCUGCUGGUCUAUCAAGAAGAAGACUGAAGAGAGCCUGGCCUAUCAAGAUACCUCAAUGGAGGGAGGUGCUGAUAGUGAGACCACAAGCUACGGUAACAAGCCCAAAAAAUCCAGGACCGAGCAUGGAAGAAGAUCAAUGAAGGAAGCUACGGUGGUGAAAAGAGUGCACCAAUGUGAGAUAUGUGGCAAGACUUUUGCAAUGGGUCAGGCACUCGGAGGACACAAAACGCUCCAUCGGGGUGGAAAGAAAGGUGGAUUCAGAGCUUCUUUCUUUGUUUUUGUUCUUGGAGCACUUGAGAACAUUGGGUUUGUUGCUAACAUGGUUAGCAUGGUUCUAUAUUUCCAUUACUUGUUGAGACUUGAUAUUCCAACUUCUUCAAAUACUCUCACAAACUUCUUGGGAUCAGUCUGCUUGCUUUCACUAUUUGGAGGCUUCAUUUCAGACACUUACUUGAACCGACUCUAUACGAUUUUGAUAUUCGGAUCAUUGGAAGUCAUAGGUCUGUCAAUGGUGACCAUCCAGGCUUAUUCGAAAGACCUGCAACCGGAUAUUACUUGCCAGAAAGGUUGUGUCAAAGGUAAAGCAGCAGUGAUGUUCUACAGCUCCCUUUCGAUAUUAGCCAUCGGUACAGGCGGAGUUAAGGGAGCACUUCCAGCACUUGGUGCUGACCAGUUUGAUCACAAGGAUCCAAAAGAAGCAAAGCAGCUUGGAAGCUAUUUCAAUUGGUACAUGUUGAGCACCACUUUUGGAGCUAUGAUCGGGGUCUCGUUCGUUGUUUGGGUUAGUAUAAACGAAGCUUGGUACUGGGGUUUCUUCAUGGGAACUAUGGCUGCCAUUGUUGGAUUCAUUGCAAUUGGCCUUGGGAAGCCCUUUUAUCACUAUCCACCGCUUGGGAACAGCCCUCUACUGAGAAUAGCACAGGUUAUAGUUGUAGCAGUCAAGAACAGACAAUUGCAAUUACCGGAAAACUCGGAUGAACUUUUUGAGAGCAACGAUGACGACGAACAUCAGUAUGAUGAAAAACUCCCUCAUACAAAUCAGUUCAGAUUACUAGACAAGGCUGCCAUUGACCCUCAGUUGAUUUCUCCAGAGCCUUGGAAAGUUUGCACAGUGACACAAGUUGAGGAAGUCAAGAUUUUAACAAGGAUGUUGCCCAUCUUAGCCAGUACCAUUAUAAUGAACACAUGCUUGGCACAAUUGCAAACAUUCUCGGUGCACCAAGGGACCUUAAUGGAUUCCGAUAUUUUCGGGAAAAAAUUCCCUUCGGCGUCAAUACCAGUUAUUCCUCUAGUUUUCAUGGCAUUCUUAAUACCAAUUUAUGAGUUUCUUGUUGUCCCUUUCGCUCGAAAAAUCACCGGGCAUCCUUCAGGCAUCACACAGCUUCAACGAGUAGGUGUUGGUCUUGUCCUCUCUAUCAUAUCAAUGGGCGUGGCCGGCAUAAUCGAAGUUAAGAGGAGGGAUCAGGCCAUAAAAGAUCCAUUGAAACCUAUUAGUCUAUUCUGGCUAUCCUUCCAAUAUGGAAUAUUUGGCCUAGCAGACAUGUUCUCCAUGGUAGGACUAAUGGAGUUCUUCUACAAGGAAGCUCCGUCGAGGAUGAAAUCACUAUCUACGUCGUUUGCAUGGCUAUCACUAUCGUUCGGGUACUUCUUGAGCAGCGCCUUUGUUGACGUUAUAAACGCGGUCACCAACAACAUUGCCCCGAGCAAGGAAGGGUGGGUACAGGGUGAUAACUUGGAUGCCAAUAAUUUGAACCUCUUCUAUUGGUUCCUAGCUGUUCUUAGCACACUUAACUUCAUUGUCUAUCUGCUCUGUGCUUCAUGGUACAAGUACAAAGAAGAUAACACUGACUCCGAAUCCGAUCCGGAAACAAGGGGCAGGGAGCAGAUAUGGUGA